AUGGAAGAGACUAACUCAUCUAUGGAACAGGCUAAGAGUUUCCGUGAUGGUAAGCGAGAGGCCGACAGACUCAGGAAGAGAGUAAUACGUGCAAAACAGUCAAAAGAAGAGAAGGAUGCUAUAAAGGCGGCCACUAGAGAAAGAGUUCAAAAGCUUCGAGAGAGACGUCGACAAGCAAACGAUACCUCUGAGCUAAAUGCAAACUGGAAAAGAAUGCAAGAGAAGCGUGUGCAGCAAACAAAUGAACAGCACGAGGCUGACAAACAGAAAGCUAAGGAAGGCAUGCAAAAAAUGCGAAGUAGACGUGAGAAACAAGAGAAGAAUCACCCCUUUGUUCUGAAAAAAAAGAAAAGAAUUUAA